AUGGCUGGGCCGCUCUCCACGGCGAGCGGACGCUGGAAGGCGUCGCCUCUGAGAGUUUCUAUGCCACCUCUCUCAAGGGCUUCCUCGAGGUUCGCUUGUGGUUACUUUACGAUCUUCUCUUUCUCUUUCGCUGUUCUUGCUUAGGUUCGGUAUGUGCAGAUAUACUCUUGCCCCUUCUCUUCGUCUGGUGAUCUCCGUGGUUUUAUCGAAUUGAAUGCGUAUGUGGAACCUGGGGCUCUCGAAAACCUCAUGGGUCAGUUGAUAUCUAGGGUUUAACAUGGGUUUUUAGACCAUAGCGGUUCGAUUUAUAUGCAGAAAAUGAAUAUAUCUUAUCGUGAGAAUCAUUUCAUGCGGAUUACAUCACAGGAAUCUCGUAGGAACGAGAGCAGCGGUCCCAUGAACGCCUGGGGAAUGCUUCUCCCCAUUGGGUCAGUGUGGGUUUAGUAGUGUAGCAUCAUGAGUUCCCUGUAAAACCAAGAAUAUGAACUAGAAUUUUCUCUUCUGAUGGGUUCGUUGGCGUCGUUAAUUGCGCAAUAUCUAGGAAAAUCCAGCUGAAGACGGUACCAGUAUCUCUACAUUUCUGGGCUUUGAUCUUAAGGGGUUUGAAGAAGAGAUUUCGUCUAAUCAGAGAAGAAAAUUGCCAUGAACAUUGAUCAGUGUACUGAACAAAUGCAUUGAUAUUGUAGGCCUCCUCAUCCCAACUAGUAAGAAAAUUCAUGCGUCUCCCCAGGUGUUAGUCGUCUACUUGAUUCUUGGUGGCAUGAAAAGCUGUGUAUACAGGUUAUUGAAAUGAAGUUUGCUGCUUGGGUUUAAUUAUCAUCAGCUUUCAUGUUUGUGAUGUGUUCAAUCGGUGGAAGUUCUCCCAGCUUUCAUGUUUAUUAGUUUCUCAGAUAUUGAUUUAGAUUUAUUUAAUUAGAGUUUCUCCAGCUGUGAUAAGUAAUAGUCUCCCAGUGCUUUAUUAUUCUCAUAACUGCACUGUGGUCCAUUUAUAAGGUUUUUUUUGCAUUGAAAUUGGUUCCUGGUGGUGCUAAAACAGGUUUUGGCCGAAUCAAAUAAGCGAAACUGGUCGAAUUGUAGCGCUAAUUUGGGGAUUAAGGUCGCAUUCUGAUUUAUUCCUUGGUAUUUAUUUUGCCCUUGAUGAAGGAGUUGACCGAGGACUAAGUCUCCCUCCUUGGUUGUGUUGUGCAGGGCAUUUCAAGUAGCCAAGGUCAGUUUAUAUGAUCUUUGACCUCGUAAUUAUUUUUUUAUAUUAUUUAAUUUUCUGUUAAGCUGUAUUUUUCCCAUUGUAAUGGUUUGACAGGAAGAGAUUCGAUCCCACUGGAGUUUUUUUUUGUCUUUCUCCAUUCAGAAAAAUAGCGCAAUUUUUUGACUUAAUUGUUGUAGAUAGGUUGACAAUUUUGAGACCAUAAAGGUCAACUUGCUCAAAAUUUCACAGCUAGAAACCAGCUAAGAGUUAGAUCCUCGUAAAUUGGAUGAUAAAGGUGCUGAAAUGAAUUGGGGUUUGCUUCUUUUAGUUGUUGUGGGCUUCUCUGCCGUUUCAGUUUGGGGUGAUUUCUUGUUGAGCAGGCCCCCAGCUUCCAUUCAUCGAUAGAGCAUUUGGAAGACACUGCAUGGCCCAUUCUUGCAUAAGAACACUCACCACCUCUUCAUCGUCUUCGCAACCAUCUCAAAGGGCAGCGCGCGGGGUUUGAUUCCUCCCCUUCCUCAUCACUCUUGGUGAUAUAUAGAAUUUUUUUUUUUAAUGUAUAGUUUGAUUCCUGGCCUGUUAUGCUCAUCUAGUCCUCUCUCACUGCCUGCCUGUUGGGUUUUUUUCCACUUCAUUUUUGGUGGUAUAUUUUUUUCAUCUUUCUCUCUCUAGAAACGCUGUGUUGUUUCCUACCCCUCUCCAGGAAGCAAGAAAGGAUCUGGCUACGUCUGAGGAUCCUUUUGAUGCCCCGACAUACAAUAUUCCUGAGAAACCUGUCACGUUCACCGAGGGUGCCUCUUACAGCAUCAUCAUACUCUUGGGACUUGCGGUGGCAGCUGCCGCAGCCUAUGCAGUUUUCAAGGAGCUGAUCUUUGAGCCAAAGGAGUGAGUCUAUAUUUAUUUAUUUUCACUUAUUUUCUGUCAUGUAUUUGUGUGCUUCAAUAUUUCUGAAAUAACGGCCAGCUUCUGCUCAAGAUAAUUUUCCCCCCUUUUUUUAGUUUUAAAUCGGAUAAUAAUCACCAAUAGAGAAAAUCCAAAGGUCAAAAGAGUGAGUUUGAUUUUUAUUUUUAUUUCCAGUAUUUACAUGCUUCAGUCAAGAUUGAAAACUCCACUGUUAUAGCAUUUUUUUUCAUUUUUCAACAUUUUUAUCUCUUAAUAUCUCGGAAAUAAGAAUCUUAAUUUAUAGCAUAUUCUUGACUUGUAUGGAUGGGGCCGGGCCUGUCGUUGAGAUUCUCUAAUGAUUCUUCUUCAUCCCCUGAAUUUAUUUUUUCUUCUUCUCCUCAGGUAUAAGAUUUAUGGAAAAGCCCUCGAGAGGGUCCAGAAUGACAGCCAGGUAUCAAAAAGUAUUUUUUAUUUUUAUUUUAUUUUAAUUAUCAUGGUCCCUAUCUUAGAUUAAAGCGCGCGGGUGACUUUCUCUGGGCUCAUCAAUAUCCACCUCCAUGCUUGGCCUCUUCCAUUGACCAGGUCAGGGUUAGGAUCGGAUCCCCCAUCACCGGCUAUGGGCAAGAGAGCAGGAAUCGUGCCGCUCGGCAACGAAUCGCCCAUAAGACGUGGACAGAUGAGGACGGUGUGGAACAUGUUGAGGUAGCUUCCUCUCUCUAGAAGUUGGGAAGAUUUAACCUCUCUCUCUCUCUCUCUCUCUCUCUCUCUCUCUCUCUCUUUCUCUCUCUAUGUUGAGGGUUCUGUAUGCAUACAAUUUUUGUUUAAUUCGGCGUAUUUUUUUGGUGGGUUUUUUAAUACACCUUUUUUUUUCAAAGUUGGCAUUUUUUAUUUUUAGUGGUGGGUUUUUUCCCUAAUGAUUUAAUGGUUGCUAUCAUUAUCAAAAUCUCGUUCAGGUCAACUUCUUUGUUCGUGGGCCCCAUGGGGCCGGCAAGGUCUACAGCGAGAUGUUUAGGGACAAGGUUGACCGAGAAUGGAAGUUCACCUAUCUCAUAGUUGACAUCGUCUCUCCAUCUCAGGCACGACUGAUGCUCGAAUCCUACAUUCCGGCAUAG